UUCAGUACGAGACUUCAUGUCGCUCGAUGCGGAUCUAACUUUUCCCGUCAUUCUUAAAAGUGUUUUUUGUUCGAUUUAUACGGGAAUCUUCCUGGAUAUUUUUUUUAGACUUACCGGAUCCGGUCGCAAAUUCAAUUCUACAUAGAACCCACUGCCGCGGCGUAGAUCUUCGCGUUCGCAACUUUCGAAGAUUCCUAACCAAGUGCCUUUCAGCCGUCUCCGCUGCCCAAUGACGAGAAGCCUUUACGGAAACUCUAUAUAGAUACUAAGUGUAUUUAAGUGUAAGUGUUUCGUCGGUAGGAACCCGUGUCCAGAAUUAGGUUUCAGUGCCAACGACAGGGAGCACAAAAAAAAACAAUACGUGAAACACGCAAAAAGGUUUAGAGAAAUUAUUUGAACACAUUAGCGAAACAGCCAAAACUCGACGUAAAAACAGCAGUGCCUGAAGUAGAAGGUAGUAUAGCAGCCGGCAGCGGAGCCGUAAAAUUUAAUAACAAUUUCGCGUUUUUCUCCAUCUUCUUGCCACUCUCGGCAUGGUGUUGUUGUUUUGUUGCUGACUAUGAAAUAACGAGAAUAAAAGUGAAUUUUCGGUUGGCUUCUCUUCGCCUUCCCUUUCGAUUGCUGCCGCCGCGGGUGUUGGCUAGUUUUGUUACGUGCGUUGUUCUUCCCCAAUAAAUGUAUCUAAGAAGGUAUAUAUAGAAGUAAAACCAAAAGUGGUGUGUUGCCGGUCGUCGUAGAUCCUACCUAGUUCUCUCGUAGAAGAGCUGCAAACUUGAGCAGAAGAAGGCAGAAAAAAAACCGCACAGGAAGAGAAGUCGAAAGAUUGUAAUUAUUACCUCCAUUUGACGUGCUGCGUGUUGUUCAUGUUGGACGGUGUGGCUCCUCCGUAGAUCAAGAUCGGGAGUUUUGUUUGUGUGCUGGCGGCAGAGUUCUUUAUAUACUCAUCAACUGGGUGAAUUGGAUACGGAGAGGGGUAAAGUGGCAGCGAAAGAAUUCCGGAAUAGUAAAAACAAAGUAUAGCCUUCUGAAUUCAGCGUUGACGAUCGGUGGAGAAGCGCUGGAACCGGAGACCGGCAGUUCUCGAAAAUGAUGGAUAGUUGGAUGCAAGAAGUGGUUUCCAUGAUGGCAGGCGAUGGAACGCCCGCUCGAAUCAAACAGGAACUAAUUGAAACCUCCUGCUGUAGUCCAUCACCGUCGUCGGCCGGGAGUUUAUCCCAGAACCUGUUGUACGGUGGAUCGCAGAAUUCGAAGAUGGACUACAAAUGCACCAGCAACAACGAUGUUGGUCAGCUGACAGAGCUACACAGUGGCAGCACCGGUGGCAGCAGCGGCAAUGGUGGACCACAUUCGCCCGGUUCGCCCGAUCGACAGUUUUGCAGUUCGACUACCUCGGCGAUAGGUGAUUUCGGAAGCGACAGUACGAACCAGGAUGCGAUAAAGGAGGAAAUCCCUCGACGGUUGUGUCUGGUGUGUGGAGACAUUGCCAGUGGAUUCCACUACGGUGUAGCGAGCUGUGAAGCGUGUAAAGCAUUUUUCAAAAGGACCAUUCAGGCCAUUUCAAUUGCAGGUAACAUUGAAUACACUUGCCCAGCUAGCAACGAUUGCGAGAUAAAUAAGCGACGGCGGAAAGCAUGUCAAGCCUGUCGGUUCCGCAAGUGUCUUCUGAUGGGUAUGCUCAAGGAAGGUGUCCGAUUGGAUAGGGUACGCGGAGGGCGUCAGAAAUACAGACGAAAUCCAUGUGCCAACCCGUAUCAGCUCCAGCUAACGCAGUCCAAUUCACAGUACACGCCGCAAACACUGGAGGAUAUUAAAAUUCUUGAAGUAUUAUCAUCUUUCGAACCGGAUCCACUGACCAUUGGGCACGGAUUCGAUCUGAUGAAUAGUAAUGGCAAUAAUAGCACCGACCACGAUGGCGAUAGUAAAACUAGCGACUCACGAAUGACCAUGGGUGCGGACGCUCAGGAGAUGCUCAGCGUGCUAAGUGACGUCUACGAUAAAGAACUGGUCGGAGUGAUUGGCUGGGCGAAACAGAUUCCAGGCUUCACCGAUCUUCCACUGAACGAUCAGAUGCGAUUACUGCAGGUUAGCUGGGCGGAACUGUUAACCCUGAUGCUAGCACAUCGGUCAAUACCGUUCACUGGGCGGCUGUAUUUCGCAACCGAUUUCUGGCUUGAUGAGCGAUCCGCAAAGGAGUGCGGUGCGCUAGAUUUGUACAAUCAUCUGGCUCAGAUAACCCAACGACUGGAAAAGAUCUCAGCAACUAAGGAGGAAUACUACCUGCUGAAGGCACUGUCUCUAUCGAACUGUGAUAUCCGGCUGGAUAACUACAGCGCGUUGAAGAAGAUACGAGAUAGCAUCCUGUACGCGCUGAAUGACUGUGUGCUGUUGCUAAGGCACAAUCAAGCGGUGUCCCAUCAGCAGCAGCUGCUACUGCUCCUGCCUUCGCUCCGACAGGCCGACUACAUUAUUCGCAAGUUCUGGACAAAUGUGCACAUAGAAGGCAACGUUACCAUGAACAAAUUGUUCGUAGAAAUGCUGGAAUCGGUGUCGAGAUAAACCCGUCCCGUGUGAGUUCCUACGCAAAGAGGGGGGAGGAAAACAAAACCCGGUGAUCUCUACCAUCACACAUACAUAUAGACAAACACACAUGCAAACAUCCUCACCCAAGGAAACACCACACCACGAACAACUAGAAAUACUCUCACGUUCUCUAAACGCCCCAGUGAUUUUCCUUUUGCGAUUGAGAAGUGCCCUCUUCUUGCGCGAAUCCAUAUGGCGUGCAGGGGUGUAGUUUGGAGCAAUUAGAGUUUUACUGUUAAGGUCGUUAUGUUUUUUUUUAUCAUGCAUUAGAACUGUAAGAGACACUAGAAUAGGCACCUCGAUCAAUUGUGAAUCAUGAGUUUUUUUUUCUAAAUUGUAUUUUAAUUUGAACGUUUUCAAUGUCUUACUGAGUAAAUGAAAUAGUCGUUUUUAAAAGUUUGAAUCUCUCAAGCGUUUCUUUUAACUUGCGACGAUUUUGCUACGGGCUGCCGUUGACGUUUUAUGGAUUACCUUUGUCAGAAGUUCCAAUGUGGUUACCUUUUCUUAUUUUAGUUGUUGUUCGUUGUACAUACGUAGUGAAUGAUGCGUGGAACCAUUCGAUACUUGGCUUGUCAUAGAUGUAAUCAUACUUUUAAUAGUGCCGCAUAUUUGGAUUGAUACGUUAAUGUUUUAUCUUUUUUCUGUACCGCAAAAAUCAAACUGAGUUAAUCAUGAAACUCCAUCAAGCGUUGUAGAAGGAAAAUCAAAAUGUCUCUCUGGCAUGAGCUGAAAACACCUAAAAGAUAGCAUUAUCGAUAAAUAAUCCAAAUUGCUAGAGUUUUCUGGGGCCAUAUUGACGCAAAGGUACGGACAAAGGAUUAACGACGAUUGAUUACAGCAGUGAUUCAAAACAUGACGUCAUGUCAGUAGGCCCAUAUAUGAUAAAUAGAAAAUGCAGAAAAAAUCAUCAGGGACUUUUAAACAUGGUUAGCGUACACUUUUAGAUUUUAUUCAUCAAAAUUGAUUGGUAUAAAUAUCAAUUAAUUCUGCCGAUUUAGCAACCUCCAUCAGAAUACACUUGCGUUAAUUUCAUUUCGACAUGUAAAUGCAUGAACAACAAUGAGUCAAUAUAUGAAACGAACCAUGAGUUUUGUUCACAAUUGCUGUACGUUUUAAAAUACUUAAACAUAGAAGAGACUAAAACUGCAAUAUCGUAAAAAAUGUGACUUGUCGCUUUAAUAUACCUAGUAGGAAUCUCUAGGAUUUAAACAAAUAUAAAAAAAAAAUCAAAAGUUCUAAGAUUUUUCGUUUCAAUAAAACAACAAGCCUAAAACAUGUCUGUGUCCUAAAGUGAAAUAGUCUCACCAAUCUGCAAAUAACAACUGCAUAGUAGUGGUGACAGCACACUACUAUUUACAAAUGCCCCUUGAGCGGUAAACAGUACAACUUUUAUGAAUUAAGGAUGUAUAUUCUACAACAAAUUUUUUUUCUGUUUCGAAGUUUAAUUACAGAGUACGAAAAGAAUAUAAACGACGGGAAAACAUUUCAAUGAAAAAAAAAACUUCUAUGGAUUCAUUGCUGAUUUACCCAUAACCUUACACAGUUAAUAAUUACGGUCUGUAAGUAGUCGACACGAACGUUGUGUAUUUAUUAGAAUUUAGAUGACAUGAAACUGAUAACAAAUGAAGAAGAAAAAAAUACGACGAAGAAAGGAGAAAAUAUAAGAAAAAGAGAACAGACUAAUGUAACUAUAAAGAACCAUUAUAAUAACUUCGAUACAACAUAGAGCAGUUAGAUAAGGACGGGCGGAGGUAUACCGGAGGUGGAUGAAAGUGCUGUCCCGUCUGCAGGAACGACGAAGUAGAGCAUGACGAUAUGGGAAGGGAUAUUAAAACUGCAAAUCAAAAUCACACAAAAAAAACACACAUGAGAAUAUAAAAAGAUGAAUUCAACUGCAAUAAAUAACGUAGUGAGAAA